ACUCCGCUCAAUUGGGCGGCGCUGACUCUAUACAACGAAGCAACCCCGGCGGCGCGACAUGACGCACUGAGCUGAGAGCUCAACCCGUCUUCUAAAACCCAGCUCAACUCAGCUCGGAACCGUCCGGAGCAACAUGCGCUAUGGCGAGUGUGGAGACAGCCGCCGAGCACGAGCGAAUUCUCCGCGAAAUAGAGAGCACGGACACCAACUGUAUAGGGCCGACGCUGCGGUCUGUGUACGAUGGCCAGGAACACGGCCUGUUCAUGGCCAAGCUGGAUGCUCGGAUUAGGAAUCACGAUCGCGAGAUAGAGAAGAUGUGCAACCACCACUUCCAGGGCUUUGUUGACUCCAUCACGGAGCUGUUGAAAGUGCGUGGUGAAGCGCAGAAGCUUAAGAGUCAGGUGACUGAGACCAACCGUUCCAUUCAGGGCGAAGGCAAAGAUCUCAUGAGCUCCAUGGAGGAGCUGAGACAGUGUCGAGUUCAACAGAGGAACAUUGCGACCACCGUCGACAAACUGACCCACUGCCUGCCAGUCUUGGAGAUGUACAGACGCCUUCAGGAGCAAAUGGAUGCCAAAAGGUACUAUCCGGCCCUGCGUACAUCGGAACAGCUGGAGCAGACGUGUCUUCCCAGAGCGGGCCAAUACCGGUUCUGCGCCAUCAUGGCGGAAAACCUGCCCAAGUUGCGAACGCAGAUCCGCGACACGGCCAUGACCCAGCUUAAGGACUUCCUGGAGAGCAUCCGAAAACACUCGGACAAGAUCGGAGAGACGGCUAUCAGGCAGGCGCAGCUGCAGCGCUCCCUGGACAGCUCCAUCUCCUCGCAGCCCAGGGCUCUUUUUGGCCGACGCCUCAGGAGAGAGGAGGCACCCGGCGGGGUCACGCAGAGCAACGGCGGGCUAGAAGUGCACCCUGGCAUCUUGGAUGUGGGGGAUGAAGAAGAGGCUGACCAAGUGACCGGUGCCCAGGACUUGGUGGACUUCUCACCAGUGUACCGCUGUCUACAUAUCUACACUGUGCUGGGUUUGCGUGAUGUGUUUGAGAACUACUACCGAAAGCAACGGAGGAAACAGGCUCGCCUCGUGCUGCAGCCACACUCUAACAUGCACGAAACUCUAGAAGGCUACAGGCGAUACUUUAAUCAGAUCGUCGGGUUUUUUGUAGUGGAGGACCAUGUGCUCCACACCACGCAGGGUUUGGUCAACAGAGCCUACGUGGAGGAGCUUUGGGAGUUGGCGCUGUCCAAAAUUGUGGCUGCUUUGAGGACGCACUCUUCCUACUGUGACGACCCGGACCUGGUGCUGGAUCUCAAGAACCUCAUUGUCCUCUUCGCUGACACGCUUCAGGGCUACGGUUUCCCGGUGUCGCAGCUCUUCGACAUGCUCCUGGAGAUGAGGGAGCAAUACGGCGAGAUCCUCCUCAAGAAAUGGAACCUCACCUUCAGGCAGGUGUUGGACCAGGACAACUUCAGUCCUAUCCCGGUGUCCACGGAGCAGGAGUACAGACACUACAUGUCCCAGUUUCCCCUGCAAGACCCCGAGUUGGAGAAGCUUCCCUUCCCCAAGAAGCUUCCCUUCUCUGAGUUUGUGCCAAAAGUCUACUGCCAGCUCAAAGAGUUCAUCUACGCUUGUCUCAAGUACUCUGAAGACCUGCAUCUCAGCUCUACAGAGGUUGAUGACAUGAUCCGCAAAUCCACCAAUCUGCUGCUGACCCGAACACUGAGCCACUGCCUGCACUAUGCUAUUAAGAAGAAGAAUGUCGGGCUGGCUGAGUUGGUUCAAGUGAUCAUCAACACUACUCACUUGGAGCAAAGCUGCCACUUUCUGGAAGAGUUUAUCUCCAACAUCACUAACGUUCCGCCUGACACGGCCAACGCCACCAAGCUGUACGGGACGUCAACGUUCAAGGAUGCCCGUCACGCGGCCGAAGCGGAGAUCUACACGGGCCUCAAUGCCAAAAUCGACCAGUUUCUGCAGCUGGCAGAUUACGACUGGAUGGUAAGCCUGCCUAGUGGUACCUCGCCAACGCCUAGCGACUACCUGCUGGAUCUGAUGGCCUUCCUGAAAAGCACCUUCAGUGUCUUCACCAACUUGCCUGGCAAAGUGGCGCAGACGGCCUGCAUGUCGGCGUGCAAGCACGUCUCUACGUCGCUGCUGCAGCUGCUGCUCGACCCCGAGGUCAAACAAAUCUCCAUGGGGGCUCUGCACCAGCUCAACGCCGAUGUCGACGAAUGCGAAGGUUUUGCCAGAGCCGGCCCGGUCGCAGGCUUCCAGGGUGACACGUUGCUUCUGGCCUUCAGUGACUUGAGACAACUGUUGGAGCUCUUCACGCAGUGGGACUGGUCCACCUACCUGGCCGACUACGGCAAAGCCAGCUGCAAGUAUCUGCGCGUCAACCCGCACGCCGCGCUCGCCCUGCUGGAGAAGUUGCGGGAGAGCAGCAGGAAGAACGUGGUCUUCGUGCAGUUCCGCAAGACGGAGCGCGACAGGCAGAAGCUGAUCGACGCCGUGGUCAAGCAGCUGCGCAACCUCAUCGCGCAGCACCACGCCUGAACCGAGUCAACGGGCACACUAUCUAUGCAGACGCACUGAAUUUGCUUCUUUUCACUUCACAAUAAAUGUUCUAAUCCACCGAGUCAUCGUUACCUUGUGUUUUUGUCGCCAGCGGUGGAUGUCAUCGGUGAUGCUUGGAACCUAAAGACAAAAAAUAUAUGUAUAUAUUAAUAAGAAAUUACAAUGGGACUUUGCUUUGGUAGAUACAGAUCUAUCAGGUUGAUUUGGGGACAUUUUGUGGACACGUCCUGAUGCACGGCUGUCAAUGGACUGUAAUGGUAGGUUUUUCUGACAUUGGACGUACAUGUCUGUCAAUGGCAUUGACUUACUUGGGCGCCAGUUGAAUGUCAAUGGGCUGUCAUGGUUGAAAAAAUAAAUCACAAGGACCUAUUUUUCUGCCAUUGAAAAUGAAUGGAAAAUUUGGAUGUACACGGCUGUCAAUGGGACAGUUUUUGGCCAAUUAUGGGGAACCUUAAGUUUUUGCCAAAUUCUGUAUAUGGCGGAAAACACUCAGGUGACUUGAAGUUCCGCUUCGAGACCCCGAAAUUUAGCCAACUUUCAAAAUUGUCCGAUAUGCAUGUGUAAUACAUAAUUGGAAAGCUUAAAAUCUCUAUUUUCUGGGGGAAGAAAAUUUUUGAGCGGGAGAGCAUUUAAAAAAAAAAAAAAAAAAAAAGUUUUUUAAACAGCAAAACCCCAUUUGGAGGUGAGAGCACGCGAGAGCAGAAUUACAGACGCCAUGACUUUAACGAGAUAUUAUUGCGUAUUUGACUUGUUUUCGAUCCAAAAACUCCAUGUAACAUGCAUCACCGAGUGUCAAGACACAGCUGUGAAUGGCCAAAGCCGGAUUUUGGGCGGAUUUUACGGGUGAAACGUGGUAAUAUAACAAGGGUCGCGAUGCAGAAAUUGCAGACAUCAAAGAUUGGUUUAGAUUUUCUUUUUCAUAUAUUUACCCUUUAAAACUUUUUUUUUUUUUUUCUUGUUUGGAUCUAUUAUUUAUCAUCUAACAUCUCGGAGAAAAUGCGACAAAGACAAAAAAAUACAAUUAAGCGAUAGUUAGGAGGUAGAUAUCCGAGACUUUUUUACGGACGCCAUUUUUUUCAUUGUGACGUCAUUGGUUUAAAAGUUUAAAAUAUGUGAGUGAAUAAUUUUUUAAAGUCUUUAAAAAAAAAAAAAAAACAUUUUUUUUUUUACGAAAUAUCUGACAUCGAUUAAUGAUUUUAAGCUAAAAAUAACAGACAUUUUGAAUAAUAAAUAUAACAAAUUACCUUCGUUUUAUGGCUGGGUUGAAACAAAAGCGGUUGCGCGAUGUCUGUAAACGGGGGUUUUCAGGGUGAAACGGACAAAUUAAAAAUAUUUCGGGGGCUUAGUGCGCCAUGAAUCUGCUAUGGCAGCAUAUAGACAUGUUGUUCUAUCAAACACAACAGUUGUUUUGGCUUAAAAUACAGCAGUUUCUUUUAAAGAGGAGUGCAAGAGCAGAAACUGCUUUUUCAGUCUUGUCUGUGUUUUCCGCCAUAUACAGUCGUGGUCAAAAGU